GGCCUCUACAGCACAGAGAUCCAGUCAUGGCACCUACAAUAACUUCAGCUAUGAUCCACUAUAAGGAGCACCUGACUCUGACCAAUAAGCUAAGAAAGCCUGUGGUGGAGAAGUUACGCAGAGAUCGUAUCAACAGCAGCAUUGAGCACCUCAAGUCUUUCCUGGGUCCAGAGAUCCUCAAUCAGCAGCCCGACUCCAAGCUGGAGAAAGCCGACAUCCUGGAGAUGACAGUUUGCUUCCUGAGACGACAGCAACAGUACCAGCCAGUGAACUCCUCCUCCUGCUCAGGACCUGACAAUCAGGGUUACUCCAGAUGUAUCCAAGAGAUUGUGCACUUCCUGUCCAAGGAUGAGGUGAAGACACAGUCCCAGAGAAGACUGCUGAGCCACUUCCAGAGCCUGCAGCCAUCCUCUGAUAAGAACCGGAGGGAGAGUGACCUGCCUCAGCUGAGCUCCCUAGCCCAGCACAGCAUCAGCAAUGAGAAGAGUCCAGUCAAUAUCGCCCUCUGGAGGCCCUGGUAGAGUCCUACAGACUGGAGCUCCACUCCCAGACAAACACAAUGGAAAGGGACCAUGUUGGUCUAAGAUUGUCGUGGACAGUAAUGAGAAUAGGAAAAGUUAUUCUUUAUCUUCUGCUUAUGCAUGUUUUUAAAAGUCUUGCUGCGAUUUAAACUUUUUAUUUCAGUUGUACUGAACAAGGUAAACACUUUUUGUAAGUGUGAUCCAAUCGAUGCACACUGCAUUUCUGUAGUGUUAUAAUUGAAAUCAUAACUUUUAUGCUUUGGGAAACAUGUUGAUUAUGUUCAUCAUGUGUUUAUUCAUGAUCAUCAAUAACCUGAAUGGUCCUCCAUGAUUACUUUCAACCCACAAUGGGUAUUUUAUCAUCAAUCUUUUUGUGAUUGUCUAUGGUGACAAAAAAGUGUUUAGUUUUUUUGUUACCACUAUAUAUGUGUAGUGAUAUGGUCAUAUUGACGUAAUAUCUAGCAUCUUUUGUGAAGCAUGUAUCAGUUAUCCAUUUGAUAUUGAUCAAAUUGAGUUACAGCAUCUCUGUUUCCC